UCAGUUAUUGAUAAAUGCAUCCUGUUAACAUCCAGAGAAGAAAUAGCCUGGGCAUGGACAAGUUUGACGAGGACAGGGUGAAGGUGCCGUUUGGGACCAAACACCUGGAUGCAGCUGUGUGUGUCCCUGCCUCGGUGAACGGUGUCGACACGGCUGUGCUGCUCACACACGGCGCAGGUGGAGACAUGAACUUCAGGCACCUGGUGUCCCUGGCUCAUGCCUUGGCCUCAAGUGGGAUCAUUUGUGUCCGUUUCACAUGCAAAGGUUUAAACCUCGUUUACAGGGUGAAGGCCUACCGUGCUGUGUGGGACUAUGUGAAAUCACUAGAGAGGUUCACUGUAAAGCACAUACUUCUUGGAGGCAGGUCUCUGGGAAGCCGCGCUGCUGCUGCACUGGCCAGGCAGCUGAGAGCAGAGACGGAGGACGCUGUGCAGGGCCUCAUCUGUCUGUCUUUCCCCCUGCACCCGCCAGGACAGACACACAGCCAUCAGCAGCGCAGUGAGGACCUCAGGGUGCUGCCCGAACAGAUGCCUGUGCUGUUUGUGUCAGGGACUGAGGACAACAUGUGUGACAGGGUCCUUUUUGACGGUGUGGUUAAUGAAAUGAAAGCGCAGAUUGAUGUUUUCUGGCUAAAAGGAGGCAGCCACGGCCUCACAGUCAAAGGAAGGUCUGAGGAUUCUGUACUGGACGAGGUGAACGCACAAAUUAUCACCUGGAUUACGAAGCAUAGACUAUCUAAUUUUAUGUGAGUUUUUUUUUUUUUUUUUUUGUAUUGUUGUACUUUUACUCUUAUUGCUUUUUAUAGUUUCACUGAUAAAUAAAUUAUACUUUUUACAUAAUCUUGUCCACCUGGAUGGUUUUUAUU